AUGAUCUCAAAAUAGAAGAACUAGAAUAUUUGGUUGAUGUAGAUUCUAAAGAUGAUCUCAAUAUAGAAGAGCUAGAAGAUUUGGUUGAUGUAGAGCCUAAAGGUGAUCUCAAUAUAGAUGAGCUAGAAGAUUUGGUUGAUGUAGAGCCUAAAGAUGAUCUCAAUAUAGAAGAGCUAGAAGAUUUGGUUGAUGUAGAGCCUAAAGAUGAUCUCAAUAUAGAAGAGCUAGAAGAUUUGGUUGAUGUAGAGCCUAAAGAUGAUUUCAAUAUAGAUGAGCUAGAAGAUUUGGUUGAUGUAGAGCCUGAAGAUGAUCUCAAAAUAGAAGAGUUAGAAGAUUUGGUUGAUGUAGAGCCUAAAGAUGAUCUCAAUAUAGAUGAGCUAGAAGAUUUGGUUGAUGUAGAACCUGAAGAUUAUCUCAAUAUAGAAGAGCUAGAAGAUUUGGUUGAUGUAGAACCUAAAUAUGAUCUCAAAAUAGAAGAGUUAGAAGAUUUGGUUGAUGUAGAACCUAAAGAUGAUCUCAAAAUAGAAGAGUUAGAAGAUUUGGUUGAUGUAGAGCUUAAAGAUGAUCUCAAAAUAGAAGAGUUAGAAGAUUUGGUUGAUGUAGAGCCUAAAGAUGAUCUCAAUAUAGAUGAGCUAGAAGAUUUGGUUGAUGUAGAGCCUAAAGAUGAUCUCAAUAUAGAUGAGCUAGAAGAUUUGGUUGAUGUGGUUCCUAAAAAUGAUCUCAAAAUAGAAGAGUUAGAAGAUUUGGUUGAUGUAGUUCCUAAAGAUGAUUUCAAAAUAGAAGAGCUACAAGAUUUGGUUGAUGAAGAGCCUAAAGAUGAUCUCAAUAUAGAACAGCAAGCAGAUUUGGUUGAUGUAGUUCCUAAAGAUGAUCUCAAAAUAGAAGAGCUAGAAGAUUUGGUUGAUAUAGUUCCUAAAGAUGAUCUUAAAAUAGAAGAGCUACAAGAUGAUGAAAAAGAUGAUAUGUACAAUGUUGAGGUAACUAAUCAAGAUCUUUCAGACAGUCUAGAGGUUGAAGAACACGAUUUUGAUGACUUUCAUUUUGAUAAUGAUGUUAUUACAGGAGAUGAUGGUAAUUACAAAAUAACUAGGGAUCAAGAACCAAAUGAAUCUUUGCACAAAAGUACACAUUUCAAUAGAGUUGGAGAAACUGAUGCUGGUCUUUCAGAAUUCUCUGUACAAGAUGCAUUUUCCGAAGAAAUCAUGGAAGUUAAGGUUGAUGAUGAGAAUGUCGUACAUGAACCCCAAAAUAAUGGAAAUCCUAAUAUUGAUGAAUUAGAUGAGUUAUUGAAAGAUAUGGAGGAGGAAGAGAAACAAAGUUGGAAUGAGGAAGACAACAUAAAAUUUAGUCAUGUCAAUCAAAACGAAGACUUACUAGCAAAUGAAGAUGAAGAUACAGAAUUUGACACAAAUGAAGAUGAAUUUACAGAAUUUGACACAAAUGAAGAUGAAGAAGAAGAUUUAGAUUCUGAUGAAGAUAUAGAUCCAGAGGAAGAUGAAGAAUACAAUGAGGGGGAAACAGACGAUUUUGAAGAUGAACAAGAGAAUAUCGGACGUCAACUUGAAAGUGUAACAGUAGCGGGAGAUGUCCAUGUAGAUUCUAGUGUAGACACUGUUAUUACGGCUGACCAUAAAAAGAAAGAUGGGAGUGAACAGAAAUUGGAAAAUGUCAGUAAAGAAGAACAAGAAGAAAUCAAAAGAGAAAUUUUAAGGCUGAAAGAAAAACAUGCUGCAGCCAAGAGAGAAGAUGAAAAAAAAAGGAAAGAACUAGAAAAGAAAAUGGAAGAAUUAAAAGCUGAGUAUGUUGCUUUCAAGAAAGAACAGGAGGAGAAGGAAGAGGAUGAUGAUGAGAAGGAAGAGAAUAUAGGUGAUAAUAAGUCUCAGGAAAUAGAAGAGAUAACUGGCAAUCCAAAUCAUGACAGAAAUGAUGUCAAAUCCUGGUCUGGAGAUGUUAUGAAAGACGAAAUAAGAAAAAAAAUGGAGGAGAUGAAAGAAGAAUAUGAUGCAUAUUUGAAAGAUGAUCAAAAAACAA